AUGUCGACAACAGGUUCAUUAGCUGUUUCUUCAGCACUUCUUAGAGCAACGGCAAUGACUAACUCUGAUGAUGAUUUUGAAACGCUUUUACAAAGUACAAGGAGGGCAUUCCGUCCUAAUAAUCUAAUAAAUAAACCAGGAAGAAAAAAGGCCAAACAGUUUAAAAGAUGUGUAAUGCUUUUGAGAAGAAGUAAUGUAGAUUUCCUGCCCUCACAAUCUGAAAUAGAAUUUCUUACUGAUAGGGGCCUAGAGAAUGCUAUUGAUCUCUUUGAAAAGUUGGGCCAAGGAAUGCUUGUUAUAGUACCAAAUAGAGAUUUGCCAGUAGAAUUACGACUUACAAAUAAUAUGGUUAUUAAUGAAGUAGAAAGUAACCAAAUUAAUAGGGAAGAAACCAUUAUUGAGGCUACAACACAAGCUAACAUUCCAAGACGAAAUGUAAAUGACACACAUACAGAAAAUGAACCAUUUUCCAAUUUUAUACCACAAACUCGACAGCCACAGCUGAUAGGAACUGCUGGUUUUCAAGCCAUAACAUCAACUAGUAUGGUAGCCAUACAAAUUGUGUAUUUGGUGUAUUCAACCAUGAAUGACGAGAAACUUAUUGAGUUGGUCCGCGGUUAUCCCGUUUUGUAUGACCUGUGCAAUGCAGAAUACAUGGACUCUCAUUUCAAGAGUGCUAUCUGGAGUAAAGUAGGAUAA